CCGGUGAGGGUAUCCAGAAUUCGCACGGAUACACACAUUCGCCAGCGCAAUUCUGCCAUUUGAGUCCCAGAUCGAUGACUCCAAUAAUCCCAGCGUGGCCGCCUUCACUAUCAAAGCAACAGCUUGAUGUGCUGACAUUGGAAGCAAACGCUUUCGCUUUAUCCCAUGGAUUGUCCUACUUGCCCGAAGGAUUUGAGGAUCCCCCGACCAGCGCGAUUCAUGCUCCAUUCACACUCCUGCCUACUCCCUUUCCCCGCGUUCUGUUCCAGCAAGCCCAAGGCCUUCAGCCGCUUUACAAUGUGCUUUACUCAAAAGUGGCCAUGAACACUGCAUUGAUUGAUGAAGUUAUGGGUGCUGAGGUCGGUGCAGGAGCAGCGGACGAUUUUACUGGUACCUUGUGGAAAGGAUGGAAAGGGCUUCGGGAUCAGGUCACCCCUUGGCCCCAGCAAACGAUGCAGCUUGGCCUAUUCCGAUCGGACUAUAUGCUCGAUACUGCAAGCGAUGGCAGCACUGAACUCAAGCUCUCCCUGAAGCAAGUGGAAUUCAACACGAUUGCGGCGUCAUUCGGGGCAUUAUCUGACCAAACGUCGAAGCUCCACAAACACCUCCUCAACGUUUCCAACUUUUUUGGAGUGUCGCCGUCAUUGGUUGCCGAGAACAUGCCCUUGAAUGGAUCCCUCACACGCUUGGCGGCUGGUUUAGCAGCUGCCCAUAAGCAGUACGGAUCCAUGGAUGCGUGUAUUCUGAUGGUGGUCCAGCAUAGAGAACGAAAUAUUUUCGAUCAAAGGUUGCUGCAGUAUGAGUUGCUGGGGAAUCACGGAAUAGUUGUUCUGCGACUUACUUUUGACGAGCUCAUUUCAAGUGCUACUGUUGAUCCUGCGACCGGCGUGCUGUCUGUCAACCAUGCGUUGGGUUCAGCCCGUGAAGUGGCCGUAAUUUACUAUCGAGCAGGAUAUUCUCCAGCAGAUUAUUCAUCUUUUGAGCAUUUCCAAGUGAGAUUCAAAUUGGAGGCAUCAAGGUCUAUCAAAUGUCCCUCAAUUCCCCUCCAACUUGCGGGUGGAAAGAAGAUGCAAGAGUAUCUAACACGCCCAGGAAUUCUAGAGUCUGUUUUGCAUAACCAUCCUCAUUCCACUUUGGAACAAUUGCGGGAGAAUUGGGUCCAAAUGUGGAGUCUUGAUGCAGAGGGAGCUGUGUCAAGAGUUUUUGAGCAGCACCGAAACCUCGUGCUCAAACCACAGCGGGAAGGAGGGGAGUUACCACAGAAGGAGCUACCUGCCUGGAUUGCAAUGCAGUUAAUCUGUCCUCCAAACAAUAUCUUCAAUUAUAUGGUGAAGACUGGCAAGCCUCAAAAUGUUUGCACAAAUGUUGUCACUGAGUUAGGUAUAUUUGGGUGGUCACUCUUUGGACAGCAUGGGGGAGGGGAGAACAUCAUAGAGGAGGCUGCUGGCUGGCUUGCCAGAACCAAAGGCAAGGAAAGUGAUGAAGGAGGCAUAGCAGUUGGCUUUUCAGUGCUGGACUCCAUUGUUCUGGUGUGAUAUUUAGUUAGACUACAACUCAUCCCAAAAUGAUGACUUGUGAUAUUAGAAUACCA